AAUCAUGCUAUCAGUUGCAAAAUGUCAUCGACAUUGAAGCAGAAAAUACAGCAAAUUCAUCAAAUCUCUUGUUUUAACUACGAAAUCAUCACCCAUCAGAAGUAGAGAUACGAUGUACAAUGUUGCUUUGAAGUGAUUAUUGACAUUAUGGCGAGUGCACCACAUCUCCACGUCAAAGGCAUUGAUAGUCCCCCUCCUGAUUGCAAGUUAUCCACAACUUGAAAACUUUGACAUUUACGACCAAGAAUACCUUAAAAGAUCUCCAACGUACCAACACAAAACAAGAUUGCGAGUCGCAGCACGAUCGUUCAAGAAAUAUAAGAGGAAAAGGGCAUUAUGUGGGAUCGCCUGAAUAUCGCCUGCAGCGCGAGAAUGCAACACUAUCAUAGCAACAGCGAUCGACUAGUUAGGCAUCAAUCUAGCCUUUCAGAUCACCUCUUGAAACGACAUUGAGUGAUGCAGCAAAGUUUAUCCAGCAUCGAGCGCAUCUUCAAUAAACUUCACUCAAGGUGAUACAAGUUCAGAGCAAAAUUGUUCAAGAGGUAGUGGAGACUUCGUUAACAAAGCACUGGCAUAUACGAAGCAUGACCAGGAAAAGCUGUUUGCUUAUUCGUAUUCGAAGGCUGCUACUUCUGCAUACUUUUGAUGAUAUUCCGCUCCACCUGCUCUUGUACCGUUUCGGACUAGCGUCAGGUCUUAAACUCCUCACAUGGCAAAGCUGUCUGUUAGUUCAAAAGACAAUGUCUUCUUCCAAUCCAUCCAAGUCGUGACGUCUGAUCUGCAAAUUCUUUCUCUGUACGCUAGCGACGACUUUGCCACGUGUCCGCUUCCUGUUGUUACGUUGCACUGACAGCACAUACUUUACCCCAUGAAUCGCUUUUGAACUAGUGACCAGAAAAUCAAUCAAGCUCAUGCACAUGUAUCGAUAAUUUUGUCGACCCGCCGAUUGACGUGAUCAACUGUUCUAAGUAGUUGCACGCUGAUAGCUCACCCAAAUUAGCUGAUCCAGCCAAAGUUUCGUCAAUUUCGGGUCGGAUAGAGUCCAUGAGUCUUAAGCAGUGUAGACUUCAAUAAGUACGCUUGUCUGCUUUUGCGAGGAAUUUUCAAUAUCGGUACACAACAUUCGAUUCGAUUCGAUUCGCCGCCUCAGCACUUUGUGUCGUUAAUGGCCUCGUGACUGAGUGGUACGUUUUUCGCUCACGGUGCGAAAGCCCCGGAUUCGAUCUCCGGCAAGGCCCAGUUGAUGCUGACCAUUAUGAGAAGUUUAUGGAGAACUAACGUAACUCAGCACUCUAUGUCGCUUCGUGUGGUUUGUAAACGUUUCGGCACAAUGUUAAUGACCGAGCUCUGUUGGACUUUUAACUAGCUCGAUACGCUUCCUAUGCGCAAGAGUGCUGAGGUAAGG